AUGCAUCGGCGCAGGGGACCGAACUUUACCUAUGUCAGUGGGUGCGUGAAAUAUAUGAUUUUUGUUUUAAAUUUUAUAUUUUGGUUAUUUGGAGGUCUGAUGAUAGCAAUUGGCCUCUAUGCAUUUAUCGAUAAAUGGCAAGCAACUGGAUUAAUAAAGCUGGACACGAUAUACGACGUUAUGCUGAACAUCAGUCUACUUAUCGCGCUUUUGGGCGGCGUCGUUUUCAUCGUGAGCUUCGCCGGCUGCGUGGGCGCGCUGCGGGAGAACACGUGCCUGCUGAAAUUCUAUUCGCUUUGCCUGCUGAUCCUGUUCCUGGUCGAGAUGGGGGGCGCCGUCUGUGGGUUCGUCUUCCCGCGCAGCCUGCACGGUCUACUGGAGCAGAGCUUCACGGAGAGGGUGGUCCACGCGUACCGCGACGAUCCCGACCUCCAGAACUUCAUAGACUUCGCGCAGAGCGACUUCCACUGCUGCGGCCUCACCUCCGACGGCUACAUGGACUGGUCGAAGAACGAGUACUUCAACUGCUCCUCGCCCUCGGUGGAGAGGUGCGGGGUGCCGUUCUCGUGCUGCAUCAACGCAACGGACAUAUCCUCGGGCCUGGUCAACAUCAUGUGCGGCUACGGCGUGCAGAAUUCGCCGGUGGCGGAGGCUAGCAAACGCGUGUGGACGAGCGGCUGCAUCGAGAUUGUCCGCUCGUGGGCUGAGAGGAACCUGUACAUGAUAGCGUCGGCGGCCCUCGGCGUCGCUCUGUCCCAGCUGUUCGUCAUUUACCUCGCCAAGACCCUGGAGGGGCAGAUUGAGUUGCAGAAGGCCAGAUGGCAAACA